AUGGCGCGGAAAGCCGCCGCACCAAGAAAAUGUGAGGGUGCAGACUGCGAGCAAGACGCUGGUGCAUUGCAAUGUCCGACUUGCCAGAAAUUAGGCAAAGAAGCCUAUUUCUGUAGUCAGGACUGCUUCAAGAGAAAUUGGAGCACUCAUAAGGCCGUGCACAAGGCGCAGAAUAGUAUGCUUUCCAAGAUCUUUACUCCAAGCGUCAUCUCCUUACCCGACGCAGAUGGUCAUUUCAACCCCUUUCCUGCCUUCCUCUUCACGGGCCCUCUCAGACCGGUAUAUCCGCUCUCGCCGCGAAGAGCUGUCCCGGAGAAGAUCCGACAUCCCGACUAUGCCCACAAUGGCAUUCCACGCAGUGAACAGAUGAUCGUCAACCGCAACAAGCUCAAGAUCCUCAACAAGGAAGAGCAAGCUGGCAUGCGAAAAGUCUGUCGACUGGCUCGCGAAGUCCUCGAUAUUGCUGCGCGAGAGCUCCGACCAGGCGUAACGACCGAUCAUAUCGAUAAAGUCGUGCAUGAAGCAUGUCUUGAACGCAAUUCCUACCCCUCUCCCCUCAAUUACUGCCACUUCCCCAAAUCCGUCUGCACAUCUGUCAAUGAAGUCAUCUGCCAUGGAAUUCCGGACCACCGACCUCUUCAAGAUGGCGACAUUGUCAACAUCGACGUCACACUUUACCACGGUGGAUUCCAUGGCGAUCUGAACGAGACGUACUACGUUGGCGACAAGGCACUUGCCGAUCCUGACAACAUCCGAGUCGUGGAAUGUUCGCGCGAUGCACUCAAUGCCGCCAUUGCGACAGUCAAGCCCGGUACACUGUUCCGCUCCUACGGCACUGUCAUCGAAGCCGUCGCAGCUGAGCGAAAAUGUGGCGUCGUAAAGACUUACUGCGGCCACGGCAUCAACCAGCUGUUCCAUUGUGCGCCGAAUGUCCCUCAUUACGCAAAGAACAAAGCUAUCGGUGAGGCCAAGCCCGGAAUGUGUUUCACAAUCGAGCCCAUGAUCACUCUGGGAUCGUAUCGGGAUCGCACAUGGCCAGAUGAUUGGACGGCUGUUACGGCGGAUGGCAAACGUAGUGCGCAAUUCGAGCAUACGCUGCUUGUCACGGAAGACGGAGUGGAGGUUUUGACGGGUCGGUUGGAGGAUAGUCCUGGCGGCAAGCCGGAAGGAUAUGCGGCGGAUGGGACGAAGCUCGCGACGACGGCCAACGGAGCUGUCGACGACGGCAGUAAGGCAGAGUGAUGUUAGGACCGUUUCCAUUCUCCCCAUCGUUCUACUCGGAGCGGACUUCGGGAUCAAUACGACUGAUGAAUACAAGAUCUUAUUCGCCUCUGCAUUUUCUUCACAAUAUGUGAAUCCUGCGUUAGAUUUAAGUCUGCUAAUGAUGCAAGCUCAGACAAUAUUUUGCAAACCAAUAAAAAUAAAAAUACAUGAUCUCUCC